CUCAGUUGUGUCGACAAACAGCGAUGUUCGACGAGAUUUACAACUAUUAACUAAUAUUAAUUUGAUUGUGAAUAAAGUAUUAUUUUAAAGGUGAAAAACUCACGCUUUUCGAAAUGAAGAAUAAACCGACUAGGCAUAAAGAUUCAAAUACUUUUAAGUUUAAGCCGUUUUCUCAAAGAAUAAACGACAUCGAUGUCGAUGUUUUCCACAAAGUUUCUCAUCGCAAUGAGGAAGUCUCGGAAGAAACAGAGACAUACUUUUUUCAAUGCGUUCAGAAGUGGAACUUUCUCAAUUUGUCAGGAAACUAUGUUAAUUUGCGAAAAGAAAUAAAAGACAUAGUCACACUACCUCAAUUGCUCAACCAAAAGCAGCAUGUAAUCGAUGUAUUGUUAAAAUAUUUAAAGUUGAAGGAUCCGUUAUGUCUCCAAACUGUUUUUGAUCUAAUCAUUGCUGUGGCUAAAGAUUUACAACUAGAAUUUUAUUCAUACUUUCCAAUAUUUUUGGAAGCAAUCAUCGAUUUGCUUCAGAUUAAAGAUGCCGAGCAGCUGGAGCAUACCCUUCACUGUUUAGCCUAUUUGUUUAAAUUCCUGUGGCGUUAUAUGAUAAAAAAUAGUGAUACAAUUUUUACCUUACUUCUGCCACUGUUGACCGACAGACAGCCGGAUUACGUGAAUAAUUUUGCUGCUGAAAGUUUUGCCUUUGUUGUCAGAAAGGUAAAAAACAAGCCAGCAUUUUUCAAGCUUGUAUUAAACCACCUCAACGAAAAACAAGAUGGAAUCGUUGGCUGUGGAAAGUUGAUGUUUCACGUGCUGGCUGGUGUCCCAGGACAAUUUCACUCAUGUGCCGAACCUAUGCUUGACCUUUAUUUUAACGCCAUUCAAGAUCCAGAGAUUAAUCAGGAACUUUUGUUUGAUGUGCUGUCAGUAAUAUUCGAAUGUAUCAUAAAAGAAAUACAUUACAAAAAUUGCGAGGUGCUGUGGACCGUCGUUCACAAAGUUCUGGAACAAUUUCCGGAAGAGCAUUUGAUUUUUCCUCUAAGGUUGAUUCAAAACGUCCUCAAUUACAAAGGGGGCCAAAUGCUGCAGGAUCCUGUCUCUUGGGCGAAAAGAUUGACCGGACUCAUCGACAAGUAUCGGCAAAACGUUGAACUUUUGGGAGAAAUCGCAAAUGCCAGUGUUGCCACUCUUCUUGGAUACAAUGUUCAAUUGUUACAAGAAACUUCGAGUUUCCUUAUUUUCAAAUUAUUUUCCAUCGACAAUCAAGAUUUACUGUUUAAAAUCACAGAAAAGCUGAUUGACCAUUCAUCCUUUGAAACUUUGGUACUGCCGCACAUACUGAAACUGAGCAGCUUUGCAGUACUUGGUGAAAAAUCGCUUGGCCUUUUUGUCAAAAUAAUAGAAACCAAAUCUCCGCCCUCUCUCAGUGGUGAAAACUUGGACAAAUGGAACUUGUACAGCCUGAGCAUCAAAGGUCUGGAGAAUGUAAAAUUUUUGACGGAAAACUUGGACUCGUUGAAAGAAGGCAGGAUCACGGAGAGCGCUUUGAGGGUGCUGAUAGUCUUGCCGCACUUGAGACUUCUACACGACGAGCUCCGUCCAAAGGUGAUCGAAAACGUUGUAGCGCUGUCCAUGCACGUGGUAACAAAAAACGAGGACCAGCAGAGGAUAAACUUUGCUUUCCUUCUAUUUGCGGAGUGCCUAAUUCACAUGACCAAACCCGACGACUUGCACGCCCUGACAAUGGAAUUCUUCGCCGAUUUUGAUCUCUUGUCGACUGUCGUUCUGCACGAUAACGACGUUUCCAUGCUUAACGUCUUGGAUCUCGUCCUCAGCUACCUGCAAAAUUCAACGCACGCCGAGGACUACAUCAACGAAAACAUCUUCGACCAGCUUCACGCAUCACUCGCCCGGAAACUGGGCUCUCCGAGUCCGCUGAUUCGCCGCACAGUCUCGCACAUAUUCUCACUGUUCUCCGAAACAGUAUGUCCCAAAGAUCCCACGGAUCCGAAAUCGAGAGGCGUUCUCGAGCUGCCGUACUUGUCCGAGUGCGAGCCAGCGACGGUUCACAAGUACCGAGAUCGUUCGCUGCAUCUGCAGGCGCUCGAGUUACAGCAGGUCAUGAAAGGAGGCCUCGAUACGCGCUACUAUGACGUACCGCUUCACUAUCUCUUUGGCAACCUCUACGUCAACUUUUCCCUGCUUUGGGAUAAAGUGUGCCACCUCAUAACCAGCUACGCUGUCAAAGAGUGCGAGAGCUUCUGGGAAGUUUUUAUGGAUAAACUCAAGACGGCGGACAGUGAGAUAAUUACGAUCGAGGCGCCGGGUCUUGAAUGCGAGGUGCUGAAGAAGUUGGCAGAUCGGUUGUUUUCUCUGAACGAAAAAAUCGAUCGCCACAACUACAAGCUCCUGAUUUGGAAGUGCAUGGGCAUAAUGGGCCAGUACUGCGAGACGAAGAAUCGCGAUUACGUUGGAUUGUUCAUUGAUUUCGUCCAGGGAAACUUUUUCAGGUCCAACUCCGAGAUCGCUUGGUCUUGCAAUAUCAAGAAAAAAAAGCCGGGAGAGCAGCAGGAAGUCAUGAUCGAUCUUGAUGCUACGGAGGAUGCAAAAGGAGACGAGGAAGAAAACGAAGAAAACGACAAAAAAGAUGACGAAAAAGAGGACGAGGAAGAAGUCGAAAAAGACGAGACAACACCUACUGACAGAGAAGAAGAAUUGAGGCAGCAAUUAAGCAGAACCGAGCGCAUAAAGUUCCUGCUAGCCAUGCUAAAGGUCUUUGGCAAGUUCACCAACCCCUUGUCGCUCUACCGCGAGUCCGAGGUGGUACAAAUUUACCUGGACUUGCUUUCCUCGAAAAAUUCCGAGAUCCAGAAAGCAGCGCUCGGUUGCCUAUAUACCUACAAGUACAAUUACUUGCUGCCUUACCGCGCUCAGCUCAACGCCAUCGUCGACGAGAAGAACAUGAAGAACGAGCUGGCUCGCUUCUACAUCUCUGCGGAGGAUGGCUCUGUUGUGCUGGAAGAGCACCGCGCUGGCCUGAUGCCAGUGCUGAUGAGGAUCCUGCAUGCCAAAAUGACCCAGCGGGUUGGAAUGAGGACCGGUGGCAAGGGCGGUGGUCACACCAGGAGGAAAAUCAUCCUAAGUUUCUUGGCCGGCGUCAAGGAGACGGAAAUGAUGACGUUCGUGCAGAUGGCUUUCAAGCCAUUCCAGAACUAUCUGCCGAUUUUGAAUGUCGACGAAAAAAAACAGGCCGAGGUUGACAUUCGGAAAAUGGUUGAGGAAGUUUUGGGCAGUGUUAAUCUGGAGAACGUCAUCCCGCCAAAACGUCUACAGAGCGCCGUGAAUCUGUUGGCCAUCAUUAUCGAGCAAUUUGGUGGAAAAAUGACCUCGAAGCUGUUGCCCUACCUCUUUGCCAUACUGAUGUGCGUAUUAGCCCAGAUCACCGGUAUCCUGAGACAGAGCGCCGACAUUCACCAGGUCUACCUGUCUUCCAUCCGCGAGGCGCGCAAGAGCUGCAUCAAGGUAUUAGCGAGGUUCUUCGAGCACUUUGAAAACUACGACUGGUCGAGCAACGAGAUCGAUGCGCUAUUCGAGGUGGCCGUUUUUCCCUGGCUGAAUAAAUUGCCCAACGAAGGCGUGUACAGUCCGACUCCACUGCUCAAAAUGAUGUCAGUCUGGAGUCACAACCCGCGUUACUAUCCGCUCUUCGCCAAGCUCGACAGGGACAACAACACGCCCCUGGUCUUUGUCGUCAAACUACUGUUGAACCCCAAGACAAAGGAAUCGGUGCUCCGCACGAUCGUCGACAUGUUCGAGAAGAUGCUCACCUUGCAGGACUUUGAAAAAGAAGAGCCAAACAAGAUGGAGGUCGACGAGGAUGAGGUACAGAAGCCGAAAUCCCUGCUGCCCGUGGUAACGAACAAAUUGGAAAUUGCAACGGACGAUCUGGUGAACUACGGCUCGGCACUGUUAGUGCCCCACGUCACCGACAUCCUGCUCUACCUGCAACGAAAGCUAAGCAAGGACAAACGCGGAAGGGUCAAUCGCGCCGAGAUGACGAUCCUUUCGCGCGUAUCUGAGUUCACGACCGAGCCCAAGAUUUGCGACACGCUGUUGAGUCUCACACUGCCGAUUUUGAAGAAACAGGCCACCAGCUCCGAAGAAAUCGUCACGAGCCUCCUGACGACCGUGACGAAUCUCGUGGCUCACGUUGAGGACCCAAAGAAGCAUCUGAGGCCGAGCUUGCAGCUGCUCGGGCUGAUUACCCAUGCGCCUGCUAGAUUAAUGCUGAUGACACUUUUGCAGAAGUUGUCGAAGGGCUCCGAAUUUUUGAAAACUAGCCAGCAGUUGCUGAAGGAGCUCAAUGCCUUUGAAAAGGGUCACGUCGAGAGACCGGACUUUGACAGAAGACUGGCCGCUUUCGAGAAGAUAAACCAGCUGAUCGAAAAGGACGAGAUAACGCUAGAGUUGGGAGUGGCCAUAAUCCUGAACUCGUAUUUCUUCCUGCAGCACGAAAAAGACCUGGCUUUGACCGACAGGUCGGGCGAGUGUAUUAAAUCCAUAGCCGUCUACCUGGCGAAGAAGUACCGAAGCUCCGCGGUCGAUCGCAAGUACCUGAUCGACGAAACGAUCCUAAGCACGGUGCGCCGCGGCAUCAGGAGUCGAGUCACGGACGUGCGGCACCAAUCGAUCGACCUCCUGCGCCACAUGGCCAUGGAGUGUCCCGAGGUGCACCCCGUUUUCCGGGACCUACAUCCAUUGACGAACAAACAAGAUCCCGAGGUCGAUUUCUUCGAAAAUAUAAGGCACAUGCAGAAGCAGCGAAGGGGCAAAGCUCUCUGGGUAUUCUGCGCUCACGCCAAGACACUGGCCAAGCCUCCCGAUACGAGAGUCUUGACUCAGUUCAUCCUGCCACUGGCUUCUUCCUUCCUGUGCGAGGAUAGGUACGUGGGAGCUCACACCAUAAUCCACGUCGCUAUUCAGACCGUCGGCGUCAUAUGCAGACUGCUGCCCUGGAAGCAGUACGAAGUCAUACUCAAGUACUACCUGGCCAAGCUGAAGAACUCUCUCGACUAUCAGAAGCAAAUAAUCAAAAUAAUCAUCGCGAUUUUGGACAACUUCCAUUACGAUUUGUCCAAGUACAAGGAGGAUGAUGAGAAAGAGGAUUCGAAAGUCCUCACGAAAUCGGUAGUCACGAAAGUUGGGGUAAAAGAGGUGGUUGAUAAAGCUGGGCCUAGCGAGGAGGACGAUAAAGCAGAUCCAGAGCUCGUAGAACCGGGUGUGGGCAUCGAAGAGCAGCUGGACGAGGCCCUGCAGACGAUCGAGGAAGCUGGUCCAGAUGACGCGACAGCAGAGGAGGAGCCAGCGAAGAAGGAUGUGCCGGUGAUGGAGAGGGACACCGUGCUGUCGCGCUCCAUGGCCAGGAAUCUCGUCAACAGCAUCAAACAGGGCCUACUGCCCGCGUUGCACAGGUGCUUGGCUGUCAAGGCAAAACACGAGGGCUCGCACAAGGCCACCACCAAGAAGAUCAGCAUCGAGCGCGAGGAGGAAGACCUUAUGCGCGUGCCCAUUGCUUUGCCCAUGGUGAAACUACUGCAAAAAUUGCCAGAGGGCCUGAUGAACUCGAACUUGAGAGGGAUAUUCAUGAAAGUGUGCAUCUUCUUGAAAUCCCAUCUCGAUUCCGUGCGCAAGGAGACCCGGGAGAACCUGAAGAACAUCAUGAUGACGCUUGGGCCGCAGCACCUUCACCAUCUCAUCAACGAAAUGAAGACCAUGCUGACCCGAGGCUUCCAAGUUCACGUGCUCGCUUACACCCUGCACGCGAUACUCGAGCAUAUAAAGUCUGUCAUCGAGCCUCGGCACGUGCGCUCGAACCUAAAGAGUAUUUUGCACAUAUGCAAGAUGGACUUGUUUGGGCCGUCAGCCGAGGAAAAAGAAGUCGUCGGGGUUGUGAAAAAAGUGUUCGAGGCCAAGUCGACCAAAAGUUACGCUAUUUUUAAUAUAUUGGGACAGCGCCUUGAUGAGGAGUGCAUAGCCGAUGUCAUGGAGCCUCAGAAGGAAGUUCUGCUGCGCACGCAUUCGCACAAAAGUGUGAGGAAGGUCGCGGAAUCUUUGCGAAUGUUCGGCUUGGGCUUGUCUGACAAUAAAUUCAUACAAACCGGUCAAAUGUUGAACUUUUUGCAAAGCUUGUGCGCCGAGUACGUUCCUCAACUUUUGCCUGAAAACAAGAAAAAGGAGCUUUUGAAGGUCAAGGAAGAAAAGAAGAGCGUGCCACCCACUCGCAAGGAUUGUUUUAUACUGCCACCCACUCCUAAAAGAGCUUCUCUACAAGAAAAUUCUAAAAUAUCGAAAAACACCAACAUUCACAUCAUGGUCGAGUUUGGCUUGAUGCUCUUCCAUAUAAUAUUAAAGCGAAGCCAGUCUUUCGGUGAAGAAGUCAAGCCAACUUUGAAUAAUUUUGUCUCAUUACUCAAUGAUUGUUUGAAACUUCAACAAGUCAAGCUUGGGGUACAAGCCAUCAGAUGCUUGAGGUGGGUCGUGCUCAUCGAUCUUCCCAUGGUCCGAAAGUUAAUAGCGGAGAUAAGCGCGCAAAUCGUUACGAUUCUCCACAAAUACGGCGGCGUUGGUCUGGCCAAGGGUGAAAACUUGGAACUGAAGACAACUGUCUACAAGACAAUGUCCAUCAUCGAGGGCCUUCGUGUUUAUCACAUAACGACCGAGCAGCUCAAGAUUUUGCUGGUGUACAUCGAGCGAGACAUGAUCUGCGGCGAAAAGCACGCUUUCAGCAUGUUGAAAGCCAUAAUCAAGCACAAGAGAAACGCUCCCGAGAUACAUCAAUCCAUGGAAAAGGUCAGGGAGAUGAUGGUCACCUCGGAAAUCGAAAGCGUUCGUCAACAGUCGCAGACUGUUUUGUUUAUGUACUUGAAGAACUAUGAAUUGGGGAAAAAAUUCAAUAAGAACAUCAUCUUCAUGUUGACUCAGUUGAAAUAUGAGGUGCAAAUUGGACGUCUUAGCGUGUUGACUGUACUGUACAAAAUUGUCUCGACUUUUACAAUGUCAAAACUUGAGAAAGUCGUGGAUGAUAUUUUUGAAAAAGUUUGCGCUCGGCUUAUCGAAGAUGAAGAUCCAAAAUGCAGGGAAGAAUGUGCCAAUUUGAUCAUAAAGUUGCUAGAACGACUCGAACACAACCAGCGUGAACAUCUAUUUAGCAAAGUUUUGUCAUGGUUUGCCGAGGAAAAGAUUACUAAAAGAGAAUUGGCAGCUGAAGUCUGCGGACUGUUUCUGGCGGCAGAAGAGGACAAAUUUGAAUCGAGACUGGAAAAGGUCUUACCCCUCAUUUCGAAGCAGUUUUGCCCCAAUGAUGGGCCCGGUCGUUUCGUUAGAACUCAGAACGAAGUCAACAACAAUUUCGAUGAAAGAUCUAAAGAUCACCAUCUCAUACAAGUUUUAGAAUUGUUAGUCGAUAUAUGUACAAAGUGUCCAAAAUUCGUGACCGAUCCGAAAUAUAAAGAAUACAUGAACAAUUAUGCAGAAUUCUGCCAACACUUUUUGAGACAUCCUCAUUUGUGGGUUCGAGUGCGGGCUACCCGAUUCUUUGGCUACGUUUUCGUUACAGCCGAUGAAAACAAAGUCAUUCAUUUGUUGAAUAAUUCCCAAGAUUGCGAUCCCGACGACGAUUUUCUGUACGUCGAUCCAAACGAUAAGCUGCGUACUUUGAUCGAAGAUUUUCGACAGUUGCUUCUACCAGAAACAGAAUUCGAGCAUUACGAACGACGAAUCAUCGAUAAUCUAAACGAUCUGAUCGUCAGUCAUUUAGUUUUCAUUGCGAAACUUUUGAAAGGUAAAAAUGUGAAUCAUAAGGAUGUAAAACAUGAUAAAAAUGUUGAAUCAAAUGGAGUGGAUGCGGAUGAAAAGAAGGACGUGUCUCUGACCUGGUUAGUAAAGAAAAUGAAGGAGUACAUCAAUCGCGAGUUGGCCAGGCAUCCUAAAUCUACGACUAUUAGAAUCGCUGUUUUCAAAUGGAUAGCUGGCGUGAUUGGAAAGUUGGGUAUGGAUAACGUCAAGCAGUACCUGCCUGAUUUCAUGCUUCCUCUUGUGAGGGAGUUUAGAUCGGGUGAAGAUACCCUGAAAACGGUGGCAAAGGAAGUCCUGCAGAUAAUUAAAAAAAAUCUUCCUCUCGACGAAUACACAGGACUUCUAAAUAAGGUAACCCAGAAUUUGGAUGUCAGAAAAGCCCGAAGAAAACAAGAAAUUUCAAAACUGGCUGUGGUCGAUCCGGAAAGAGCAGCCAAGAGGAAAAUCGCCUGGCAACAAAAGAAAAAAGUAUCGAAGAAGAGGCGAAUGGAAAUUAUGAAGGGAAAGAAGAGCGGAAAGAUCAAGAGGAAAAGGAAGGCGGACGAAAUCGAUUCAGAUUGAUAGCUUUGAACGUACACUUGCAUUGUAUAUAAAUAUUCCGCCAUAAUUCUUAGCACGAAUUUCUACAGUUUUGUACAUACAUACAAAUCUUUGAAAAUUAAAAACAUAAAGGAGAGACGAGACAA